AUGGCAAGGACUCCAGCAUCGCGCAAGAUUGGUCGCGUGCUGGCGCUGCUGGCAUUGUUUUGGGCGUGUCAGCAAGCUGUGCAGACAGUGCGGGCUGCUGUUGGAGUCAGGGCCGUUCCCUUUGCAAGGCCUCCUGCGGGCGCGUGGGCGCGUAAGCUGCCCAUUGCACGCGGAGCCGCGAGCAAGGCUGAUGGCCAACCUGGUGAAGGUGAUGACAAUGAAGAUGACGAGGUGAGCAAGCUGGCCAAAGAACACGAUGCGUGUCAGAGCUACAACGCAAGUCAGGUGAUUGGAUGGGUCCAACAAGUCUCUGGCCCCAAGGACAUCAGCGAGUUUGCGGGUCAAGAGUACGCCGGGAAGGAACUGCUGACGAUGGGCGUGGCAGAGCGCGACAACCUCGGGUUGGCAAAAGGUCCACAGAGGCGCCUGAUAGAGCGCAUCAAGAAGCUGAAAGCGGCCGUCGCCAUUAGACAAGCCAAACUGAAGCUACGCAAUGCAGGCACUGACGAUGAGGGUCGGAUCAAGAUGGUCGGUGACAUGCUGUCGGCGCUGGUCGAGCUGCAGCUGAAGGACAAAGACCUCUUGAAAGCAGCCAUCGAUGUAAUCAAGAAGCAGCUAGGCAAUCUACAGGACGAUCAGGGUCGGAUCAAGAUGGUCGGUGACAUGCUGUCGGCGCUGGUCGAGCUGCAGCUGAAGGACAAAGACCUCUUGAAAGCAGCCAUCGAUGUAAUCAAGAAGCAGCUAGGCAAUCUACAGGACGAUCAGGCCAGGCUGUUCAUUGAAGUCGUCUCCAUAGCACGGGUUGCUCCGGCACAGGGUGACAUGCUGUCGGCGCUGGUCGAGCUGCAGCUGAAGGACAAAGACCUCUUGAAAGCAGACGCUCGCCCACGUUGUGUUAUGGAGGGUGCCUGCCGUUCAGGAUCCCUGUUUGAUUUUCUUUUGGCAACCCAGAAAGCCGAGGCCAUCGAUGUAAUCAAGAAGCAGCUAGGCAAUCUACAGGACGAUCAGGCCAGGCUGUUCAUUGAAGUCGUCUCCAUAGCACGGGUUGCUCCGGCACAGGGUCGGAUCAAGAUGGUCGGCGGCGGCCUCGGAGCUGUGGGAAAGUUAGCCAAAUGUGACAUGCUGUCGGCGCUGGUCGAGCUGGAUGCAAAGAGUGUGAUGAGGUCAGCUCUUCAGGAUGCGGAUGUCAUAACGGUGUUUGAGCAGGCCUGCAACGCAACCAGGAGCGAUGUGAACAGCUACGGGCCAAAGCAAGUAGCUGCAUGGAUUGCGGCAAAACUGGUUUCUGCCAAGUACGACGCUUCGGAGAUCCAACAGGCACUUGCGAAGCUGACUGGGAUGUUGAGUGAACAGCUGCUCGAAGUCACGCAAGAUGAGUUCGAGAGCCAGUACAAUCUAGAGGCUGCGAAAGCUAAGUUCCUGUUCAAUGCGGCUCAAGGCUUAAGCGACCCUUCGGCAUUGACCUUUCGCGACCUCGUGAACGACAGCAGCUAUCCAGAGUUCAAAUACCAGCAUGUUUGGGUGUACAGGCUCCUAACAGACAUACCAAAAUGUGGUUACAUUGAAGAUGCGCAGCUGUUGAAGAGCACAGUCGCCGGCGAAGUGGUGGAUGUGGCAAUCGGCAUGAGGAAGGGCAAGCGCUGUAUUCCCGUCUUCUAUGGUGAAAGUGGCAGCGGGAAGACCCUGCAGUCUCAGCUUGCGCCGGCUCUGAAGUUACGCAAUAAUUCGUGCAUAGUUCGCGUCUUCAGCAAGACAAUUGACGAUGACGAUCCAAUCCUCGACGACAUCAGGACACUACACCUGCACCAGGACAUUGAUAGUCGCAAUGCCUUGUGUAAGAAUUGGACUCUCAACGUGCUCUUUGCGCAGAUCAAGGAUGCUUUUGGGCAACAUGAAGAGGUGGUUGAAGCAUGGUUUGGCAAUUCAAGCCGGAACAAACAAGACCUUGGCACCAUCGUGUUUGUCAUUGAUGAGGUUAGCAAGUGCAUAGAACUGGCUCGCGGCAUCUCUGCAGUGCAAGGUCAAAUUUACUCGACGCUAGAGAAGGAGUAUUGCAUAUCUGCUCAGCUUGUCAUGGCUGGAACGGCUGCUGCAUACAUUCUGGGGACUCCAGGUACAAGUAAGCUCAGUUCUGAUCCAAAAGGGGUUUGCUUGACGCAUGUUGGCGUUGUCAGGGGCACGACAUACCUCAACAGGCUGCUGACACACGAGUUGGACAAGAACACGGGCGUGCACUUGAAGGACUUGCAAGUCGCGUCCCUGCGCCCAUACCUUAGCAACGCCCGAACGGCAUGGUUCCUGAUUGAAAUGCUGCGCCAUUUCACUUGGGCGCCAAAGGAGGUCAGCCCCAAGAGUGCAGUCUCAAUUUGGAAGCGCUACCCAGCAGCCACGGGCUGCUACGUGCCCUUGAUGUACAGAACAACGAACGGCUUGCAGCGAUUGAAGACUCCUCGAGAUCGGGAAAACAUUGCCAACCGGGCGCUCAAACUUUUGAUGCACACCGACCUUCUGUCACCAGACACGAUGCCGACGCUUCAGGAAGCUGUAGAGUGUGUAAGCCUCGGGCUGUGCAACGUUUCAAGCUAUAGCCAAGCCCAAGGUAUGCUUGAGCAAGAUCCGCGAAGCAAGACGUAUCGGGAUCACCUGAUUUUCGAGUCUUCACCUGCUUUGGCACACAUGCUGUUGGCAGCUUUCGAUGUGCCCGAGGUGGUCCCGCAGGACGGGGAUUCGCUGGAGGCGGUCAUAAUGGAGGCGGAAAGACGCUUCUCAGAGGUGCUGACGGGCCGGAAGGCCAUCGCUUUGACUCUACCACAUGCGCUGCCUCCGCAAUUGAACCAGCUGAACAUGCCAGGCGUGCCACAAGAACAAUUUCAGGAGGUUCUGGCAGCUUUGAAUGCCAGCCAGACGGUGGUGCUGCGCAACGGGCCCAAUGCCCAAGGUGCCGACAUAAUUGUUCUUCGGAGGAGGCAUGGAAGCACUUUGCCCUUGGUUCGCCUGAUACAGGCGAAAAACAGGAAGAGCAAAGCAGACAUGCUUCCAGUGAUUUCAACACUGGGAGUCACAUGCAACAACUCUACACAUAGGCGUGCCGCCUUCUCUCGAGCCGAAGAAGUUCUUGGAUGGCUGUGCCUACUUGUGUCAGAGCAAGCUGGCCCUAAUGCGUUCAGCCUUGGGAAGUUCAGUCAGCCCAGGACUGCUGUUGACGUCAGCGUCGAACUGGUGCUUGUGGAGAGCAUCCCCCGCAACGAGACUCUUCCUACUUUGAGUCGACCAGCGUUUUUGCAACAGACUCCUACGUUCCUGCUGAGGAGUUUGCAACAUUUGGCUCCGUUUCCAACACAUCUCGCGCGCCCCAAUAGCAACUAUGCUGCGCAAAAGAAGUGGGCAAGGAGGAAGAGGUCGAGAAAGCCGUCGGCAAAGAAAAUAUCAGCAAGCAAACGAUAG